AUGCCGCCAUUCUCCAAUCUGCUGUCCAAGCUGACUGGUGGGCUCUUUGGAGGUAAAGGAAAACCAGCAGACCAUCAUGAUGAAGUCUGGCUGCUCGACAAUCUCGCUUUUCGUCGAGGCCCCAACGAACCUUGGCGUGCCGAAUAUGUUGCCGCCUUUUUCGAUGACAACAGCAAAAUCCGGGAAAAGGUCGUAAAAGCGAUUGCAGACUUGACGCAAACACUCAACCUUGCUCCGGAUGAUCAAAUUUCGGAGGACCGUAUUAAGGACCGCCUCGCGCCUUUUGUGAGGCAGAUUGGUCCGAAUAUGUCGGUCAAGAUUGAAUACGAGGGUGUGAAGAAGGUGAUUCAAUUGGGGCCGAGCGACGCAAAUGGUAUUCUCUCUCAGGAGCUUGAUGUGCCCCUCGGAGGAAAGGGUAUGCAACCGGGUCAAGCACUCAAGAUGGGCGUCGUACAUGAGCAAAAGGAAAGCCUGAGCGAAGGCUCGCAUACAGCCAUGCUCGAAACAGGAAACACAUAUUUUGCUGCAGAUGGUGGAUUCGGUGUGAUAAGCGACAUUGAUGAUACAAUCAAGGUUACCCAAGUCCGAGAUCGACUCGCCUUGCUCAAGAAUACGUUUGUCAAGGAGCCCAAGCCUGUACAGGGUAUGCCGGAGCUAUACAAGAGGUUGCAUGACGCACUUUCAACACCAUCGAAUCCGACCCCGUUUGUCUACCUAUCCGCGUCGCCGUAUAAUUUGUAUCCGUUCCUCCGCUCAUUCAUCAAGAAUGCGGGAUUCCCGAACGGAAUGAUGAUUCUCCGAGAUAUGAGCUGGAUGGCGAUGGAGAGCUUUGUAGUCUCGCUAACUGUAGGUACACAAGAGUAUAAAGAGGAUCGCAUGAAAAAGGUCUCGACCUGGCUUCCGAAAACGACAUGGGUCUGUAUCGGCGACAGCACGCAGACAGAUCCGGAAGCCUAUGCGACGUUCUACAAGCAGCUUGAGAAAAAUGGUCAAGGCGGACGUGUUGCACGUAUCUGGAUUCACAAAGUCGUGGGAGUCAACCCAUCUGCAGAAAAGGACCUCAAUGAUCCUAAGCGGUUCCAAAAGGCGUUUGAUGGGAUUGACCCCAAGGUGUGGAAGGUUUUCGAAAAUCCAGACGAGCUCCUUUCCGAGAUCAAUGCUCUCAAACAACAAGCCGGCAGUCGAGUUAACUAG